AUGCCGUGCAGAAGUGCGAGAGAGGCGGGCCGAGCAGCAAGAGAUGACCUCGGGUAUACAAACGAGCUGCUCGAUAAGCGACUGACCGAAGACAAUGAGGCAGGACCGGAGAUAAAGAACCUGGGCAUGGGAUUUCUGGGCCAGUUUAUGCGUACGGGCAACGACGGCGGCGAAUUGGACCGCAGCGCCAUCAUUGGCAACUCGUUCAUUCUGCAGCUGGCCGGGCACGAGACGACAGCCGACGCUCUGUUGUACACUAUAGUGUUCCUGGCAUGCUUUCCGGAGGCUCGGCGGCGGCUACAACAGGAUUUGGAUGCGGUGCUGGGCGACACGGAGCUGACAGAGUGGGAGUACGGCAAGUUCACGGCGCAAGAUCAGGUGGCAACCGAGGACGGGCAGCAGUACACGUUACCCAGCGGCGUACCGGCGUUGGUCGCGGCCAUGUGCACGGCAAUGGACCCGCGAUACUGGUUGACGGGCCCGAGCCAGUACGAGACAGGCAAGACGGAUCUUGCCGACCAUCUGCCACAGCGGUGGUUCCGAGAAUGUGAUCAGGACGCAGAGAAGGCGGCAGCAAGCAGCCUCUCGACCAAGGGCGAGGAAGAGUUAUAUGACAGCGGCUCGGUGAUGAGCGACAAGCUAUUUCGGCCAGUGCCAAGGGCCAUCAAGCUGGUGGUGGACAAGGAGGACGUGCAGGAGAAAAACACGGAGCAGGUGCUGUAUCUAGAGGCGAGACGUAAGACUCUGGCCACGCUCAAAACGGCGAGAAUGGCGACGACGCUGAAGCUGUUGGUUGGGCAGCAAAUUGGGUUACGGAUUGCAAAUCGUGGAGAGGAGAGGUUUGUGAGUUGGAUGGACUGA